AACGAUUUUACAUGUAGUCUUUGCAGAGAGGCACCCCACACACACACACACACACACACACACGCACACACAUUCUUAUACUUACAUUAUACUUUAUUUAUAUAUACACACACACUCUCUCUCUCUCCCACACACACACACACAUGGAGCAUGGAUGGAUUAAAGAGAACAUCUGAAUAAGGAACACGUUCAUUUUGAGGGAAGACUGAAGAAGAAUAAAGAAGGUGGAUUCUUUCUGAAAGUGUUUUCAGCGUGUAUUCAUCUGAUUCAUCAUCUGUGUGUCAGUGAGUGUGAGUGAGUGAGUGUGUAUCAGCUGUUAGAUGAUGUUGGAGAUGAAGCGAGUUGUUCUCCUGCUCUCUGUCCUGCUCCUGACCUGCGCUGCUCCUCUGCAGCAGAAUAAUGAGGUGAGCAGUUCACAGGAAUCCCAGGUUACCUCACGGGUCAAUCAGUUUUGGGGAACCCCAGGAAGUGACAUCAUAAUCACGGCACCGGCAGGUUUUGGAAAACCCAACGAGAAUGGCCAGAGCACCGUUACAGUCAGUUUACGGGACGAGAAUACCAAGGUUUCCGUUGAUGUCGUGAGCUUCAUCUUCUCUGUGAGCAGUGAGGAAAUGUCUACAUCUAAGCUUGGAGAAAGCAACGGAGGAUUCAGUGAUGAAGGAACGCAGGAUAAUGGGGCUCGACCUGGCAGAACCGAAGAGGAAAACAACCCUGAUAGUGACGGGGAGGGGAGUGAAGAGGGAUUUGAACCAACAGCUGGACCUGUGGUGCGAAAGAGUGAUGAAGAGUUGGACAAACGCGAGGAGGAAACUCCAAAUCUAAGAGAUGAUAAGAGUGAUGAAGAUCAGUCUGACACCAGAGUUGACUCUGAAGAAUAUGACCCAGACCAUCCAAAAGUCUUUGAAAUGUCAACCACCUCAGAUACAACCAGCUUACAGGAGGACACAAAUGAGUCUGAUUCUGGAUCAGAGCACAAAAAGACCAAGGUCCAUACUGACAGCAAAGAAACUUCUGCCCCACACUAUCUCUCCAGACAACUCUCAGGUCUCGCAGUUCUUGCAUCUACCUUAAUCCAUGAGGAAACCAUUUCAGCAGAAGCAAAUGGCAAAGGAACCGACCCUAGAUCAGAUAUUUCCUCUGUAGAAGGUCAGACUGUUCCCUCAAACUCAGAACCCAUGUUAGGACCUUUUCAGACAGCUUCAUCACUCAGCUCCAGCUCGGAGGAGGAAACAGAUGAUGAGUGUAAGACAAGUGUCACUGAUCCAACACCGAAAAUGACCCCAAGUCACAAAUCAGGUCCAGAGUCUGUGGUAAAUACAGAAGUGGUGAAGAAGAAUGAAGGUUCUCCAACACCUUUCUUCUCUGGUUCAGACUUUGAAUAUGUUAAUGAUGACUGGCAGUAUGAUCCCAGAUAUUAUGACCCAUACAGGAACCAUCCUGAGUAUGCUGCAGCGUAUGACCCCUAUGGUGCAGGGUAUGACCCUUAUCAAGCAGGGUAUGACCCUUAUCAAGCAGGGUAUGACCCCUAUGGUGCAGGGUAUGACCCUUAUCAAGCAGGGUAUGACCCUUAUCAAGCAGGGUAUGACCCUUAUGGUGGAGGUUAUGACCCAUAUCGUGCAGGAUAUGACCCCUAUGGUGCAGGUUACGACCCCUAUGGUAAAAGGUAUGAUCCCUAUCAAGCAGGAUAUGACAACCAGGACCCAUAUCAUGAAACAGAGAGUGAAGAUCCAAGACACGACAUAGAGCAAGAAACCACUCCAGCAUACUCAGUUGAAGAAAACGAGAGCCGUCCUACAGAGAUUUCAAAUAACCAGGAUAACUCACACAGCGAAGAACAACCCCUGUCACCCUCCAUUUCACCAUCAAGUACACCAGUAUCACUUCCUGAAGGUUAUGAGAACAUGGAUUCUGCACACAACAUGCCAUCAGAAGAACCAUCAAACUCCAGCUCUAUUGAAACCAGCAGAGAAAUGGGACUGAGGGCUUCCACCAGUCCUCCAGAUCCCGCUGUGUCCAACAGUGAAGAGGGUACCAAAACCCGAGCUGAUGCUGUGGGCUCCAGCAGUGAGGAGAGCGUUGAGACCACAGACUCUGAACAAGAGAGCCAGAAUACAAUGGACCAGCUAGGAAACCAGGGAACUCCUGAUCCAUCUUCCCACAUGUCUCUGCUUCAGGUCAUCCAGGAGGUGAACAAUGAAGAAGAACCUCAGAGUCAGUCAAAUGCAGAUCUCAUACCCACAUUUAGUUCAGAAGAAGAUGAUCCAUUGGUCAACACAAUCGAGCGCAUCGUGGCUCUUGCAUUCAAUGGUGGAUCCAAUGAAGAAGGUACUGUUGUUGGGACGAACCCUGACUCUAGCCCCUCAGACAACACCAUCUCUGAAAACAACCAAAAUGAAGAAUCAUUUUCAAAUGAAUCUGCAACCGGUAGCCCAGGAAUCAGUUCAGAAGUGACUCAUGAAUCAGUGGACCUCACUACAGAGAGCCCAGUACUCAAUUCUGAAUCAGUUCCAACAAGCGAUUCACUUGUUAGCAAUGAAGACGCCUCCAGUGAGAGCACCACGCCAAAUCUGAGCGCUAGCCCGCACAUUACAACUCAGAACAGCGGAGGAUUAGCUGAUAGUGCUGAAGCUAAUGCUAAUGCUAACACUGCUAAUGACAGCGUGGAGUCACAGGAGUCUCAGAUCAUUACCACAUCCACAGUGUUCUCCAUUGCUAGCCAACCAAGCCACUUGCAGAACAAUGAAAACAGCAGUGAUGAGGAAAACACACGAGACAGGAAGGCCAACCAGGGGAUAAUCAGUCAAUUUCCUGUAGAGACACCCGCUAAAGUAAUAGCCGCUAAUCUCUGGACGUCUUUCCUCCAAGCCCUGAAUGUUCCCAUUCCUAAUCAAAGUGGAAAAUCAGUCCGGAAAAAUGUCCAAAGGCCACAAAGUACCAGACGUUAUCAUCAGCGUAGCAACAGGAGACAAAAAUCUGACAGCAGUGAGGAAAGUAAAUAAAAUAAAAUAAAAUAUGCGUAAACUUAGCACGUUUUUCACAAUUAAAGGCGAAGUCAGGAAUUGCUAAUGAAAAGUUGGGGCUUGGUCCUGCAACAUAAGCAGUUUAUUAGGUUAGCAUGUUAGCAUUCAUACACACUAUUCGCAAUCAUAUUCUGUGUUAGCGACCAUGUUAUCCUUUAACAAACAUGCACACAGUUAGCAAAUGAUUCUCUUCUAGCAUAGAUCUCUGGAGCAGCCAUGACACUGUUUAAACAAGUUUCCUGAUUGGAGCUUUAAUGUUUUUUGUUUUGUUUAGUUUUAAUUCCUCAUGUGGUUGAUGUAGGUCUGUUUUCUCCUCUCAGGAAUGAAUUGCUGUAUUUCUGGAAUGGAAAUGUGAUCCAGAUUUAAACACAAACAUCUUUUACCUCGAAUAAAACGAGAUGUAAUGAUACUGAUAGCUUAAUAAAAAUUCUGUAUUGCAAGUUUAUCAAUAUAAUGACCUGGGAAAAGUUUUUUAUUUCCAGACUGAUCUUGUACUCCAAAAGCAUGAUUUCUAUUUAAAUGAUCAAUAAAUAAAAUAAAUAAAUCUCAUAAUGCAAUGGUUCAUGCA